AUGGAGAGCACUGAUGCCGCAGAGUUCCCAUUGUCCGGGGAGAAGGCAUCUGAGGUGAUGGUGGCUGCACUGGACCUAGUGCAGUUGUGUGAAUACAUCAAGGACGAGCUCGGUCCACUUCAGGGUCGGAUCAGGGAAAUGUUCCACCGGAUUGUGCACACUCGCACUGAAAUCCUUGACGGCUUGAACUUGAAGAACAGACUGCAGGUUACUGAUACAGUUCAUCGACCCAUUGGCAUGGAAACUUUGGUUAACAGGGGCAUGUCUACCGGGGGGAAUAGCCCUGUGACUGUGACCAAGUUGUUGGAUCAGGGGCAUUCCAUGGAUAUUUCUGCAGCACCGUCCCAGCAGCAGCGACUCAUGACAUCGGCGCCUGGGCAGGCAGCUCCCCAGGCCAGGCAGCUCCCCAGGCCGUCGAUUUUGAGCGCCUGGCGGACGGAUCGAGCUGCCUGGGCGAGCAUCCCCAGGCCACGCCGUGAUCCAAACAGGCUGCCUGAACGAGGCCCCCAGGCGAGGGUUCCAACCAAACACCCCCUCAGUGUAGCCGAGGGACCUCAGGAUAGUAGCACUGAGGGGAUGUCGGAUGCUUCUCAGGGCACGCUGGAGGCACCGGUGAGUUCGUCCCUAGGUGCAAUGGGCUCCCUUCUCAAGAAGCUCAGUUUACUGCUGGCUCCCAAUUACCCACUACGGAGGUCACUGAAGCACGCAAUCAAGCUUCUUGAGGAAGAUCUCGAAGAAAUAAGGGAUGCCCUCAUGGAGCAGUCGAUGGUAGAUUACAACAAAAAUAAGGUGAAAUACUGGAUGGAAGAGGGCAGUCCUGUAGAUGAGAACACAGGCAGCGGGGACAGUGAGUGCGGGAACUUGAUCUGGGUGAUUGGUACUCCUGUCGACGGUGGUGGAGCAAGCGGCCUCGAGCCGUGCGCCGCUGAAGAUGACCCUGGCACAAACGGCUGUGGCGCCACGGCUGAUUCCGCGGACGCCGCAGCGACCUCGAAGAUCACCGGAGCGGAGGCCGCGGGUAGGGCUGGAACCCCACCGAACCCCGACACGCCGAAUUGUGGGAACGCUGGCAGACCUUCGAUCGCCGACAGCCGAGCACCCUGGUCCGCCAGGUGGUGGUUGACGGCUGUCAUCUGGAGUUGGAGGCCCGCAACUGCUUGUGUUAGCGCCUGGAGCGCCUCCACAGUCGACAUGGGUUGGGAUGCGGCCGGCACAGUGGCCAUAAGGGUGCCCGAUGUGGCCACCAGCGGCAUCAACCCGGCGGAUUGUGGCCCGGCGGCGGCGGGCACACCGGGCGUGGGAACAACGGAGGAAGGAGGGACCGUCGCCGACGAGUCCCCGGAUGUCACCAUGGUCUCUGAUACCAGGUUGUUAUGA